AUGACAUCAACACGACAAGAAAUGUAUACACGAGCACAACCGAUCGAUGCAACGGUAGAAACAACAACAACCAAAAUAGAUAAUGGUCAUUUAAUGAAUCGAGAGUAUUAUUUUGGUCGAGGUCGUUUGAAUAAAAAUUAUUGCUGCCAAAUGGCUGGUAUCCUACGAACUCUUGAAAUUAUAGUAGGCUUACUGAUAAUAUCAUCAAUUGUAUCAGUAUAUGGUCCAGGACCAUUUAAAGGAAUUCUUUUUGGUCAAACAUUUUUACUUAUCUUUGCUGGUAUUGCUGUCUGUUUCUCAUUUAUCUUUCUUAUCGUUUUCCUUUUCGAAUUACACGAAACUCAUCUCGAUUUUUGGCCAUGGAAAAUCUCUGAUUUUAUGUUUUCAAUGACCGCAUCUACGUCGUACAUUAUUUUGGGUUUCAUCGAAGCAUAUUAUUCAACAGGUGCUUGGGCGAAUAAUUGUAAUGAUAUCGGCGCAGAUGGUAUCAUUCAUCAUCAUUGUCGAACAAUUUAUGAAUGGGUCUUCGCAUCGCUCCUCUCAUUUUUUAAUGGAUUUUUAUAUGGAAUAAGUGCAUUUUUGGCUCAUCGUAAUCAGUAUAGUUAA